GCUACAACCUGCUACAUUCUGGAAUGUUUGGAAUCCUUUGAAGUGGACGCGGCGCACCGCACACUAAUGGAGUCAUUAUGACGUCACGUUAUCAAUCACGACGCGCGGGAAUCCACGGGGAACUCUGUGAUAUUAUUGAUCUCACCCUUAGGCGAUCAUAUUAAACUCUUUUUGUGGUUUAAAUCAGUGCUCGCGCCAGCAGGCUGUCCGCUGUCAAUCACUCUGUCAGUCAUGUUCUGUCAGAGACACAGGCCAGUCACCAACUGAAGUUCCUUUAAAUUGUUUAUAAUAUUCUUCUAUUUCAAAUCUCAACCCUGCUGAGCUUAAACAAAGAAACUACCCACUCUAAAAGCCACUGAUUGUUUUGGACAGUUUCAGUGACCUCUAAGGAUUCUCCUGUCGUUUAUCUGAGCUCUGAUUGGACGGAUAGCUUUGUGGACAGUGCAUAAUGUAUGGCUGGGGCCCGCCACUGCGGCCAGGACAAUGAGGGUCCCUGUGCGGCGACUGGCCGGGCUCUGGCCGUGGCUGCUCAUGGCUGCCUCGCAGGUGGCGUUGGGUCACACGGGCCUGGAACUAGCCGCUGCUGUGGAGUCCGAGCGCUCCGCACCCCGAGCCAUGAUCAAGGUGUCUCUGCUGAAGCAGGAGCCCACCAGCAGGCCCAUCACCCUAGAAGGGGUGUUCGCCGGGGGCAGCACUGGCUAUGCUGAAGGGAAACUGAUGCAGUCUCACCCGCUGUCUCUGUGUAACACCAGCGAAGAUGAACGCCAGGAGACCAUCUUCAUCAGCAUCGUCAAACUCGAGAGUCCAGAGAGCAAAGUGCCACAGUGCCAGCCGCUGCUGGAUAAAGCUCGUCUGGCCCUUCAGAGAGGCGCUCAGGCGGUCAUCUUUGACAUCACAGAUGAUCCCGGUGCUGCUCAGGAGCUGCGUGAUUCAGGUUCGUUUCCUCGUCCAGUGGUGCUGGUGAAGUCAUCAGAUGCACAAGAACUGAUGGGACUCGUCAAUAAGAACGAAGAAGCCAGGGUGUCCAUAGAUAUCAUGAUGGAGACUCAAAAAUGGCCUUACUAUGACGUUGGCAUCCUGUUGACUGUGGCUCUGGUUGUGUUGGCCAUCGUCAUGAUCUUUGUUUUACGCUUCCGCUGCAAGUCCAACAGAACCUGGGACUCUGUGCACCAGCAGACCAUGCGUGCCAUCAGCAGGUUGGAAACGCGCACAUACAGUUCUCAGGGUUGCUCUGGCUCCCAGCGUUCUCGUGAGGCUCCAGGGUCAAACAGCAGCUCCAAUUCCAGCCCGGUCUGUGCCAUCUGUCUUGAGGAAUUCAUGGAUGGCCAGGAAUUGAGAAUCAUCUCCUGUGCUCAUGAAUUCCAUAAGGAGUGUGUUGACCCCUGGCUCCUACAACAUCGUACCUGCCCACUGUGCAUGCACAACAUCAUGGGUAAACAGCCUCAGGGUUCAGAUCAGGCAUCCCGUCUGCCCCAAAGGAGUCGAAUGCCACCCCCUCCACCAGAUCACAGUCAAGCCUUCCUCCUUCCACAUAACUAUCCAAACCAACACCCUUAUCAUCGGCAACCUGUUCCCUUUUCCCUGCGCCAUCAUUACCCCCGUAACCCAUCUGGACCUUUACCCCAUUUGGGCCACUUUGGCAACUCACCCCCACUCCGUCCACAGACUCUCCGUUGCAUUCCCAGCGGACCGUUGGGUGCUAGGUGUGCAUAUCACUCGGCUCCGGAUGCCCAUCACGGACGUCCGCAUAGGACAGGUGGGCACGGGUGUCGGACUGGGGGGCAUCACUAUGCAGCCCCCAGAAGGUCGUGUCACCGGUGCCCCGGAGGACCUUUGCGAAACGCCUCAGGUUCUCGGAUGCAUCACGUGGCAUCAUCCGCAAAUCAUGGAACUCAUCAUCACCUGCCACGUGGGGGAGGCUCGCACAGUCGCCAAGACGAUGGAAGCUGCUCAGGAGGGAGCUACCAUACUGAGCGGAGCGGUUAUCUUGCAGACGGACCGGCUAGCGAUUCCAGCUCGGGAUCGUGCCAUGGCUCGUCCAGUGACUCUGUUUUGAACUGUACAGACAUCAGCCUGCAGGGUGUUUAUGGCAGCUGGUCUACUUUUCGUAGUUCAAUCAGCAGUGAUUACGACCCAUUUGUCUACUGCGGACCGGGCAAAGCUCCACGCAGAGGGAGCAUGGAGGCCACACAAAGGCCUCGUUCCCUGGACUCUGUAGUGAACCAAACCGGGAUUGGAAGCAUCGGUGAUGCCGGUGCCAUCUGCCUGGAAGAACAGCAGCCGCAGCAACAGAUGGCUGUGUCCAGUCAUGUUCACUAUCAUAGGCAUAGACACCACUAUUAUGAGGACGGGGAGCUCAGUCAAGGGCCCGGCCGAGGUCAUGAGGGGGAUCAAGAGGCCAUGUCCUCAGCUGCGGCAGCAAGUGGGUCUUGUCCCGUAACUAAAGACAAAGACUCCACCGGGUGUCAGGGACAAAACCAGUCUUGCCAUUGCCCCAAAACAGACCUCAGUUCAAGGAGGGUUAAGGAUAGAGACCCGGACCCUCUUUCCACCUCAGGUGCUUUUGUGAUCCUUCCCUCCCCUCCUUUAACCUCUCCGUCCCCACGCUGUUGCCACAAAGGCCCAAGAUGGACGUCCAGUCGGAAAGCAGCCAGCUGUCCAUUGGAAGCUCCUUCGCCGGUUGUUCACUUCCAUCAAAACUUGGACCUUCAGGAUGAUUGUAGCAUUCAUAUCCACUACGGACAGGGAGCGGGAAGCUACUGCUGCACACCUCCGCCAGACAUGGCCCCCACACUGCUGCCGGUACCUCUAAUCUUGGACUCUUCGGGUAUGACCGACUGGCCGUGCUGUAGUGGGGCACAUGUGGUUUGGCAGAAGCAAGUGCAGCAGUCCCAAUCUGAGCCUCAGCUUCUGGGACCCACUUCUGGAAUGGACAGACCCCUGUGUAGGGCCUAUCAUGGCCCAGGGGACGAACAUCCCAUGGACUGUCCGUACUGCCAAAGUCUACACAAUAGUCAGGGGUCAGAGGAAGAGUCUCGUGUUUGAGAAAACUCUUCAUCCGAAACUCCUCACGCUGCUACACAAGAGCCGAAAUGGACAAAACAGUUCGGCGAUCUCUCGCUGUCUCUUUCACUCACAUUUUGAGUCUUCCGGAUAAUUCCAAACAUUUUCUGCGAAAUCAUACUGGAUUACCAAUAAUCUCCAGACCUCAGAAUUUCGUUCUUACAAAGAAUUGAGCAGUCAUUGAUGAUUAGAUGUUUUUUCCAAAGUACUCUUCAGUAGUAACUCACUGUUGCUAGCACUAGGGCUGUCACUUUUGUGAAAAAAUAAUUUUCGAUUUUUAAGACAUAAGUAUUCAUUGAAUCGAUUGUAAAAUCGAUUUUCCAUGUCUAAAAAAAAAGACGUUUCCUUUUUCAACGUCAAAUAACAGACGAACGUAAAGAGAGCACUGGAAACGCACAAGCUAUUUUUCUUAUUUAUUGGCAUGAAGUGUCGUGAAAAAUAACAAACCGCAACAGGAGCACAACAUUCUCAAAAAAGUAUAUAUGCAGAGGGGACGGCUGCCAUAACAUAAGAAAAACAUCACUGCAGGCUUCAACCCGGCUGCAUUUAUGAUUUAGGCAAUUCAAAAAUCUCCAAGAUUAUUUUAAAUAAUGAUUCAAUCCAUUUCAAACAACUGUGCAAAAAAUGAAACUUUAAAUGGACUUAUUUUUUUAUUGAACGUAACCGACAGUUAGUCUAGGCGGCACUAAGCAGGCAUAAUGAAAUGUGCAAAAAGGCUCAGGCCAUUACAAAUUUAUUGGACAGGAAAACAAGUCGAUCAACAUUUUCGGGGUCCAGAGCAGAGCGUUUUUUAUUCACUAUAUGUCCAGCUAUUGAGAAGACGCGCUCCGACCGCACUGAUGUC